CGGGGCCACUCCGCGCGCCGGACCCUUUACCCGCGCCGCUGCCGCCGUGAGGGUCCCCAGCGCGGAUUGGUCCGGCUGCGCAUCACGUGAUCCGGGCGGCGCUUCCGGCCCGUCCCGCUCCGCCGGCUCCUGGGAAUCCCGAGAAUCCCGGGAAUCUUGGGGGGCCCGAGGGUGCUGGGGCUCCCCGGGGCAGCACCGAGGCUCCUGGGGCUCCCCGAGUCAGCAGCGAGGGUGCUGGGGCUCCCCGGGGCAGCACCGAGGUCUCCCCUCUGUAACAUCCCCUCACACCCGCGGUGCGGCCCUGAGGGAGAAGCGGGGCCUGUGCGGGUCAGUCCCGCUCCCCGCAUCGCUCUCGGGUGAAUCCCCACAGACCCUUUCCCAGCCCGCUCCUCCCGAGGCUUUUCCCGGUGAAUUUCUGCAGCAUGGAGUUCGCCGAGCUGAUCAAGACGCCCCGAGCGGAUAACGUGGUGCUGCACUGCCCCUUCCACCUGGCCGUGGAGGGGACGCUGUGCCUGACCGGCCACCACCUCAUCUUCUCGUCACGGCGGCAGGACAACGCCGAGGAGCUGUGGCUGCUCCACUCCAACAUCGACUCCAUCGAGAAAAGGUUCGUGGGCUCCUUGGGCACCAUCAUCAUCAAGUGCAAAGACCUGAGGAUUAUCCAGCUGGACAUCCCAGGGAUGGAGGAGUGUCUGAACAUUGCCAGUUCCAUUGAGGCUCUUUCCACCCUGGAUUCAGUCACCCUCAUGUAUCCCUUCUUCUACCGGCCCAUGUUUGAGGUCCUGGAGGAUGGAUGGUCCUCCUUUCUGCUGGAACAGGAGUUUGAGCUCCUCAGCUCAGUGACCAACGAGUGGCGCCUGAGCUGUGUGAACAAGGAAUUCUCAGUGUGUCCCUCCUACCCUGCAGUUGUCAUUGUCCCCAAAUCCAUCGAUGACGAAGCGCUCCGCAAAGUCGCCCUGUUCCGCCACGGCGGCCGCUUCCCCGUGCUGAGCUACUACCACAAGAAGAAUGGCAUGGCCAUGCUGAGGAGCAGCCAGCCCCUGACAGGCACCAACGGGCGGCGCUGCAAGGAGGACGAGAAGCUGAUCAACGCCACGCUGCGCUCCGGCCGGCGCGGCUUCGUCAUCGACACGCGGCCUCUGCCUGUGGCCCAGCAGGCCAGGGCCAAGGGAGGGGGCUUUGAGCAGGAGGUCCACUACCCCCAGUGGAGGAGGAUCCACAAGUAUAUUGAGAGGUUUAAUAUCCUGCAGGAGAGCUUCAUCAAGCUGGUGGAGGCUUGCAAUGACCAGUCACACAACAUGGACCGCUGGCUCAGUAAACUGGAAGCUUCCAACUGGCUCACUCACAUCAAGGAGCUGCUGACUGCAGCUUGCCUGGCUGCUCAGUGCAUUGACAGGGAAAGUGCUUCAGUGUUGGUCCAUGGCAGUGAAGGAACUGACUCCACACUCCAGGUCACUUCCCUGGCACAGAUCAUCCUGGAUCCAAGGUGCAGGACCAUCCAUGGCUUCGAGGCUCUUGUAGUGAGGGAGUGGCUGCAGGCUGGCCACCCUUUCCAGCAGCGCUGUGCCCAGUCAGCCUAUUCCAACAGCAAGCAGAAGUGGGAGGCCCCAGUGUUCCUGCUCUUCCUGGAAUGUGUGUGGCAGAUCCACAGGCAGUUCCCCUGCUCCUUCGAGUUCAACGAGCAGUUCCUCAUCAUGCUCUUCGAGCACGCCUACGCCUCCCAGUUUGGCACUUUCCUGGGCAACAACGAGAAUGAAAGGGCUAAACUGAAGCUGCCUCAGAAGACCAUGUCCCUGUGGUCCUGGGUGAACAGGCCUGAAGAGCUGAGCAGGUUCCAGAACCCUCUUUAUGAGGCCAACAGCCUUGUCAUCUGGCCCUCUGUGGCCCCACAGAGCCUGCAGCUCUGGGAAGGUAUCUUCCUGAGGUGGAACAGGCCUUCCAAAUUCCUGGAGGAGGCUGAAGUAGAAAGGAUCAACAUCAUCAAGUACAACAAGGAGCUGCAGGCCAAGGUGAACGCGCUGAGACGGCAGCUGGCGGAGAUGGAGGCGGAUGAGGAGGGUCGGGAGGAGCCCUGAGCUGGGCUGUGCCCUGAGCUGGGCUGUGCCCUGAGCUGGGCUUUGCCUCAGGCAUUUGCCCUGAGCUGGGCUGUGCCCUGAGCUGGGCUUUGCCUCAGGCCUUUGCCCUGAGCUGGGCUGUGCCCUGAGCUGGGCUUUGCCUCAGGCCUGUGCCCUGAGCUGGGCUUUGCCUCAGGCAUUUGCCCUGAGCUGGGCUUUGCCUCAGGCUUUUGCCCUGAGCUGGGCUUUGCCUCAGGCCUUUGCUUUGCCCUUCACCUCGAGGAAGAAACACGGCAAGUGCAUGUUCUGCUGAGCCCUUGGGUACAGCUGACCCUCCCACUGCUGAACCCUUCACUCCAUGAACCUCCCUGCUUUGUGGGGAGGGGUUUUUGUUUUGUUUACAGAAGACACAGCUGGGCACAAUGUCCCCUCUUGGCAGCUUUUCUGUCUCAGAAUUGGGUACAGUGUCAGCAGGAGCUGGAACUCUUUACCUCCAAUUGUGUGGAUGACUAGGAUGGGCCAAGAGAUGGAUGUCUCCAAGUUAUUUUGGACUUUUUCUGGUUUUGUUGAACACUCACAGGAUUCAAAUACAGAGUUCUAUAUAGAUAGGUAAAGGCAUUUUGUCUGGAAGCACCUUUUCUCUCCAAGAGUAGGUAAGGCAGCUUAGUUCUUUAAUUUCCUAGGUAAUCUGGAAAUGGUUAAAAUCAAAUUACAGGUGGUGCCAGCCUGCACAGUACUCUCAGUAGCUUUCACAUCUCACACUUGGGUUUUUGUGUUCAGCAUUGGCUCAGGAGCAGGAAGUUAAACACCAAACCAGAGCAAGACAUUUCAGUGCAAUACAGAAUUGAAGGAGGGAUUCUGCUGCUAAUGUUUAAGCCAUGACCUUCACAUGGAACUGUCCCUCUUGUACAAGGAUCUCCUAAGGAGGAUCAAACUUUUUUUAAUUCUGCCUGGAAAACAGAAAGGUUUAACAGUUGCUGGGGGUGUUCACUUGCAGAACAGGGCUCAGAGCUGUCCUUUAAACCAGAGCCAAGCUGCCUUCUUAGAAAUUCCACCCCCCCUGGCUGGGUUUGGACACCUGGCCAGGUUCACAGCCUUGCCAGGGUGCAAGAGCAGCACUUCAUUUACAGCUCAACAAAACACUGAUGUGGCACCUGAUGUGCUUUUCCUAUUUGUGCUCUUAUGCCCAUCUUGUCAAACCUCAAAAGCAGAAGCUGGAAGUUCAGGUGACCUCACAGAUCUGCUGCAGAUGAAGGGGCCAUCACACUACAGAAAAAUAUUAAAAGUUUAGAUGAUUUGUAGCUGCUAAAACUGCUUAAAGACUUUAGGGAUAAGGUUCAGUCUCAUUUAACUUUGUAUUUUGUAGCUGCUCUUUCAGUUUCUGUGACUUCAAUUUGCUUUGUAUAAAAUCAGAGUUCUCUCUUGUGAUUUUUUUUUUUUCUCCUUUAAAAAGACAGGUAGGGGUAGGUCUGAAAUACUCCCUGAGGCAUUGUUUCAGCUUGAUUCCAUGGGUAGCUCCACAGGACUGGGAAAAGUUGAUUUAACAGCAGCACAUGUGGCUGGGAUUAUCCAGAAAAGAGCUUCUUGUUAGCCUGGUUCUGCUGGAGUGAACAGAGCUGAACUAGGUCAGUGGUGGGAUCCCUCUGGAAACUGCUGAGCUUCCAGGUUUAUAGAAUGAAGCUGCCUUUAUUUAAAAUCCACUUCACAUAGCUUUGUGUGAAAAUGCAGGAUCUGUAGUGUAGAAGUAGCUGGGCAGGAACCUGCAAAAAUCAUGUAGCCACUAAAUACAGUCUAAGAGAAUUCUAUGACAAAAGAAAUUAUAUAAAAUUAUGUGAUAGUGGUCAAGUGCUACCUUAAUGACUUUUGUUCAGUCCUUAUUUCCUUAAUUAUUUCCUUCUUGCCUAAGCUAAACUUAGCCCUGAAGUCCUCUGGCUUAAAAAAUAACACAAUCCCUUUUAAAGCAUUGCUCACUUAAGGCAGAAGAGAUCCCCCUGCUUGCAAUGCCAAUUUCUUUGUAGGUUUGGAGCCUUGUUCCCUAAAUGCAGUCUGACACAGGGAAUGCUUUCAGGGUGGCUGGGGAUCUGUUCUGCAUGACAGGGGAGGCAGAAUUGGGCUGUUCCCUCCUCCAAACCCACAGAUUCUUCUGGGCAUGUUGCUCACAUGAGCCCUUAAAAUGAUUGUUCACCCUUUGAAAGGAUGUCUGGGAUCUGCACCUGCCUGGGGGGUGUUUCCUGACCCCAUUCAGAGUUCCUCCAUCUGAAACCCAUUAUCCCCAGCCAGAUGGGAAGGAUUCAGAAGGCACUAUUUUCCCUGUAAUAGACUAUACAUAAAACACUCCUAAAGGUUAUGCAAUUCCCUAACACAGUAAUUAUAGAUUGAGCUAAAUAAUAGAGAAGCAGAGAGGGUUUUUUUGGAGCUAAUUGCCUGGCUGCUCUAGCCUCUCCUGCAAACUGCAGGCAUCCAAGGAAAUUGGGAAACCAGCUGUGACAGCCAACAAAAGGCAGCACAUUCCCUCUGAGCUGGCAUCAAUUUCAGCCUCCACUUGUGUUGAAUCCACACCCAGGUGCUUGGGAACGUGGAUCCUGGGAAUGUGGAUCUGGGAAUGUGGAUCUGGGAAUGUGGAUCUGGGAAUGUGCCUUCCUGUGGCAGUGCUGGUGUCCUAAGCAGUUUAUUCCACAGCUCCUGGGCCCUGCAGCAGCUUGUCCCUCUGGGAGGCUGGCAGGAGGGGCAGGAUUUGUGGUGCUGUAGGCUCUCCUGGGACAGGAGCUGUGCUGCCACGCUGCUGCCACAUUCCCUUUGAGCUGCCCCAUUCCCAGUCCAGGCUCCAGCUUCACCCCAGAUCAUUCCCCUUCUUUGCUUUGCUGCUUGCCUCCCCUGUUCAAUCACACUUUGCAUAUCAGUCAUGGGUUUGCUCCCUGCCCUGUGACAGCACAUUUGCAGAUUCCCUGUGUCUUCCUGAGCUGGCUGCUCCCUGUGCCACUGCCUUACACCCCCACUGCCACCCCACUCCUGCUCUUUUGCACACCCUCUGUGUAACAAGCUGGACACUAAAAGCCCCAUCUCCAAAUUUUGGGGCCAACCCACGAGGACAGUCUGCCAUUUACCAAAAAAAAGAAGGGAAAAGGAGCUACCUUGCACAGUUUUCAUAAGGGAAAUAUGAAAUAUGUACCUUCAAUAUUUUGAUUGUAUCGAUUAACUCUUGAAUGUGGCGCUGGUGACGUGCACUGUUGUCCCUGUUGCAUAGGAUCUGAUUUCAGACUGCACUGUAGAGCAUUUUUGGUGUCUCAUGUGUGCUUUGCUGAAGCCUUGGGCUGUGCUGUGGUUGUCUGAGGGGUGAGGUUUCUCCCAGCACUGCCUGUUUUGUCACAGCAGCACUGUGUGACAUGAGCUGUGUCUGUUCCCUACUGCCCGUGCCAGCUGCUGGCCCAACAUCUGGAACUGCUCUCUGCACUUGGCUGCUGCAUCAGUCUUGACUUUUUUUUUAUUUUCCUGUAUAAUUUGAAAUGCCAGGGCUGGGAGUUGUGUGCUGGUAUGAGGUGUUUGCUGUCUGUGUGCAGAAUCCCAGCUGCUGCAGCGUGGAACUUCUUACAACAACAAAAAAGUAACAAAUCUGAGGAAAAGGAAGGUGAUGGCUCAAGCUUCAGCCAUUUGGGGGGAACAAAGCAGAUACAAAGUGGCUGUAAACUUUGCUGUAGAUAUGUUGAAAGCAUAGUAGAUGUGUCUGUUUAAAUUAAAACCAUGAAGACUAAAAAGUUCUUUAAUUACA